AUGGGAUUUUCGAACGGACCAAGACUUCUGGAUUUCAAGAGUUCACCACCUCAUCUUCAGUUUAACAAGUUUGUCCUGACCGGAUACCGACCCAUUUCUACCUACAGAGAAUGCCUUCAAAGCCUUUUCUACAUGCACAAUGAGUUUGGGAACAUCUACACACAUGGUAUUCCAUUCCUUUUUUUCUUGCUGUUCCUGCCAUUGAAUAUCCCCUGGUCAGAGGUGGAUUGGUGGAUUUGUGUUGUCCACUACCUGGCCUGUCUCUCUCCCACUGUGGGCUCGGUCCUGUACCACCUCUUCAUGAACCAUGAGGGUGGUGCUUCAGUGUACAACACCCUACUCUCCCUUGAUAUGUUUGGAGUCUGCCUUGUCAACACACUUGGUGCUCUGCCAAUCGUUCACAUCACUCUGCUGUGUUACCCAUCCUCCCGUUGUGCAGCGAUGCUAGCCUACCUCCUCCUCUCCCUUUAUGGUAUUCACUGUGCUGUGACAGCACGAAGCAACGUGAACCGCCUGCGGUCAUUUGCCUGGCAGGCCCUGUUCCGUCUGUUCCUUUUCAUGUUGCGUUGGAUCGGUCCAGGGACAGGAAGUCCGGCCUCCCUACGCCUCUACCUUACUAUGGAUUCACUUGCACUGUUAGGGGGACUUGUCAACAUUUCACGUAUUCCAGAGCGUUUUAGUCCUGGCAGGUUUGACUACUGGUUAAACAGUCAUCAGAUCAUGCAUAUGUUAGUGAUCCUCUCCAUCCUCUACUUACACUGGGGCAUGCUGGAGGACCUGUCCUGGAUCACAAGUUUCCAGUGUCCUGCUGAGUGA